GAGCUGGCAGCGGGGUCCUGGGCCCUGGCGAUGACAUGGCAGCGCCAGCGAGGUGCUGGUCUCCCGCAAGAGGCAGCGCUGUCGGCGCUGCGCCGCGCGGCCACUGGAAAAGUCACGGCGCUGGAGGGAAAGGAGCUUGCAAUGCUGUCUGCGGCGCUUUUGUUGCAGGAGGACGAGGAGCUGUCCAAGAGGAUUGCAGAACAUGCCGAAGUGCUGCACGAAAGCGGCUCGCUGCCUCCAGACGCCAUCGUGCAGAUUCGUGACCAUCUUCACUCCCUCAGUCCGCCAUGGCUGGAGGCCGCUAUUCGCCGACUUACAGACGAAGUCCUGGCGGUUCUCAACAAAGGCUCCGACCUCGCUGUCCUGCGCCUCACUUCGCUGGGUGCAGCGACGCUGACGCUGCUGACUGAGCUCGGCCUGGGUGUAGAGAGCAGCGCAGAGGCUUCCGAGGUCGUCACGGAGAGGUCGGCUGGGCAGGUUCUGUGCUCGGCCGGUGUCUCAGCGGUCAGCUACGAUAUUCGCAUCCCUGGGGACCACGAUUUGUACGAGCCGGGCCAGGUUCAUGCCAGCGGCAGUCGUCCAGAUCCCGACGGACUUGGCUUGCUCCGGGCCGUUUCUCUGCGUUUCCCUCGUGAUCGGGAUGCAGAAUAUCUUGCUCUGACUUCCGUCGUUGCUGCGCUACGCCGUUCUGCGGCUGCCACCGCAUCGGGAGCUGAAGGCACUGUGAGGCUGCAUGCAUCGCAAGCUCCCUGCCUAAGCUGCCUUGGCGUCUUGGUGCAGUUUCGGGAGGCUUUCCCGAAGUUGGAGUUGAAGGUGAGUUUCGAUGACCUGCGAAGAA